GCUUGUUUCGGAAGCAGCAUGGAAUCCUCAUGAGAUACAGGCUUCAGUUUUCGAGUGGAAACAAAUUUUAAUUUUAGUUAGGAUACACAGAUAAUUGAGAAGAUUGUCCGUUACAGUUACAGUUGUGUAUUAUGUCUGUCGCAAAUAAGAAAGGGAGCGCUCUAUUUUCUGGGUUCAGGGCUCUGGGACUUUAUUCCAACCACCUUCCCCACGUGGUGCGCUACCAUAAAAAGCACCGGGAGUUCUACGUGGUCACUGCUGUGGGAAAAUGCUUCCAUACUUACAACGUCAAGAAACUUGGAAUUGUUGCCGUUAGCAAUGCACUCCCAGAGGACAUCUCGUCUUUGGCUGCAGAUCGUAUGUUGGUAUUUGUUGCACAUGGAAAGCUGGUAUCUGCAUUUGCCAGGAACAAAGAGGUGGUGCAUACCUACAAAGGCCACAAUGCAGAAGUUCAUCUUUUGCUGCCUUUUGGAGAUCACAUGAUUUCAGUGGACAAAGACAACAUUCUCAUUAUCUGGGAUGUACAGUCAGAAGAGGAGUACUUGCAGAUAACAUUUGAUAAAACAGCAUUUGAUGUGUCUGCCAUAAUGCACCCGAGUACCUAUCUGAAUAAGAUCCUGUUGGGAAGCAGCCAGGGAGGACUUCAGUUGUGGAAUGUGAAAUCCAACAAACUUCUAUACACAUUCUCUGGCUGGAGUUCAGGAGUGUCAGUUCUUACACAGGCUCCAGCAGUGGAUGUUGUGGGUGUUGGAUUAUCAUCUGGUCAGAUUAUUGUUCACAACAUUAAGUAUGAUGAGACAUUAAUGAAGUUCCAGCAAGACUGGGGCCCAAUUACUGCUAUAUCAUUCCGAACAGAUGGCCAUCCAGUUAUGGCUGCUGGCAGCCCUGUUGGGCACAUUGGACUGUGGGACCUUGAAGACAAGAAACUCAUUGCCCAAAUGAGAAAUGCUCACAACACUUCCAUUGCAGGGCUGACAUUUGUUCAAGGAGAGCCUCUUCUUAUUACAAAUGCAGCUGAUAAUGCCAUUAGGGUGUGGAUAUUUGAUGCUCCAGGAGGUGGUGGUCGCUUAUUGAGAUGCCGCAUUGGACACAGUGCUCCACCCACAAGAAUAAGGCACCAUGGGCAAAACGGGAAGCAGAUUCUUAGUGCUGGACAAGAUGGAACUUUGCAGUCUUUUUCCAUUAUUCAUGAGAGGUUCAAUAAGAGUUUGGGACACGGUUCCAUUAACAAAAAAAAAUCCAAAAAGAAGGGUCUCCAGUAUGACACAAUGAAGCUUCCAGCUAUUACCACAUUUGCCUCAGAGACUGCACGUCAGAGUGAUUGGGAUGGUAUCGUUGCUUGUCAUCGUGGUUUCCUAAGUGUAACCACGUGGAACUACCAGAAGACCUCCAUGGGAGUGCACAAGCUGGAGCCGGAGAGAUUUGAACGAAACCGAGCGCUAAAUGUCCACGCUACGGCUGUGGAUAUCACGUCAUGUGGCAACUUUGCAGUAGUAGCCCUGUCAUCAGGACAUCUAGACGUAUACAACAUGCAGUCAGGCUACCAUAGAGGUCAAUAUGGCAAAGAUAAAGCUCAUGAAGGACCAGUUCGUGGACUGGCUGUAGAUGGACUCAACCAGCUGACUGUCAGUGUUGGAGCAGACAAGUUGAUCAAGAUCUGGAAAUUUAAGUCUAAGGAACUGGUUCACACAGUUGCACUGAAGUCCUCACCUGCUGCUGUAUUUUUACAUAGGGACAGUGGAAUGCUUGCCAUUGCUUUGGAUGAUUUCGCCAUUAACAUUUUGGACAUGGAGACAAGGAGAAUUGUACGAAUAUUCUCAGGACACAAUGGUCAAAUAAAUGACAUGGCCUUUAGUCCUGAUGGUAGAUGGCUGAUAACUUCCUCCAUGGACUGCACUAUUAGAACCUGGGAUCUUCCAUCUGGAUGCCUCAUCGACUGUUUCCUGCUUGACGCAGCAGCUGUCAGUAUUACCAUGUCACCUACAGGGGAUUUUUUGGCUUCUGCACAUGUAGAUGAUCUGGGGAUAUAUCUAUGGUCAAACAACACACUCUGUAGACCGGUGUCCCUGCGUCCCCUGCCUUCUGAUUAUGAACCCGCGGUGGUAAUGCUACCUGGAACCUGUCCUGUGCAAGAGAUGGAGUAUGAAGUUGAGGAGGUCACGAGUGACGAGAUGAUAGAGUAUGAGUCUCCAGAGCAGCUUGCAGACCAGCUGGUGACACUUUCUCUGCUGCCUGAUUCAAGGUGGAAAAACCUGCUGAAACUGGAUAUUAUUAAGAAAAGAAACAAGCCCAAGGAGCCUCCAAAAGUGCCCAAGUCUGCUCCGUUCUUCCUCCCCACAGUCCCUGGCCUGCUUCCUCAGUUUGGAGCUGCUGACAGUUCCAGCACAGAAGGCCAGUCAAAGAUUGUGAAUUUUGGAGUGCUGGCACAAAAAUCAGAUUUUUAUCACCAACUUGAAGAUGCUUUGGUCAGCAACGACUAUACUGGUGCAGUGAGUCUUCUCAAGGGAAUGGGCCCCUCCAGUAUUGAGACAGAAUUGCGUGGUUUGGCCCCUGAUGUCGGGGGGUCCUUGGACGUGAUGCAGAGCUUCCUAAAGAUGAUCAUAAGCAUUCUGGACAGCAAGAGGGAUUUUGAUCUGGCACAGGCCUACCUUGCUUUGUUCUUGAAGUUACACCUUCGAUUGAUUUCAGAAGAGCCAGUGCUAAUGGAUUUAGCACGUGAAGUAUCUACAAGAAUUGAAGAAACAUGGACGAACAUGCAGAUGCUUUUCAACAAGAGCUUGUGCCUGCUGGCGUACAUGAAGAGUGCUCUGCUAUAAGCUUUCUCACUCAUUUUCCAUUUUACUGAAGAAUAUCACAGCUGGAUAUGUAUACGUGACACGUGGAAACUUACCAUUACAGUCGUUGGUAUUUUGCCAGUCAAUAUCAUAUGCUUUUAUAUCUCAUUAAAGUUUAAUACAUAGCCAUAA